GUCGUCACUAACAUCAACAUCAUUAUCGAUCAUCGUUUUAAAAAGCCUACGUGGAAAUCACCUUUACCUCUUGCUCUCUCAAAAUCUUCGAAUCCCUUUGAGAUUCCUCUUCUUCCGCCUUCUCCUUCGCGGUAUAAUCGUCGUCUUCUUCGUUCAUUUCCGACACGGAUCUUACUAACCCCUAUGGAAGGCAACUUCUUCAGAUUCGAUGCGCAACGAGCACAUGGUGAUGGUUUUGUACUGACACAAAAGCCUAAUCACAUCACGGUCCCAACAGAAGUCAACUCUAACGAAACCGGCUGUUUCGAUUGCAACAUCUGUCUCGAAACGGCACACGAUCCAAUCGUCACUCUGUGUGGUCAUCUUUUCUGCUGGCCUUGCAUUUACAAAUGGUUAGAUGUGCAAAAAUCAUCUCCUGUCUCCAUUAUUCAAAAGCAAAACUGCCCUGUCUGCAAAUCCAACAUCUCCAUCGGUUCAUUAGUUCCUCUUUACGGAAGAGGCAUGUCUUCUUCCUCUUCUUCUGAUUCAGAAACCACGAUGAUUCCUCAAAGACCGGCUUCGUCUCCUUUAAACAGUCUGAUCCAUCCAGCUUCACAUCUCAACCCGAGCUUGCAACAUCACCAUCAAGCUCAGUCUCCUCGUCUUCAUUACGGUGGCUUAGCUGCAACGGAAUCAUCCACUGAUCUCGCCAAUGCAGUCAUGAUGAGUUUCUUGUACCCGGUUAUAGGAAUGUUUGGUGACAUGGUCUACACGAGGAUAUUUGGAACACUUACAAACACUUUAGCUCGUCCUUACCAAUACGCGCGAUCCAACAACGAGAACACCAACCAGAGAAUGGUGCAGCUAGAGAAAUCUCUGCAUCGGGUAUCAAUCUUCUUCCUCUGCUGCAUUCUCCUCUGUCUUUUUUUGUUCUGAGUCACUUGUUGUUAGUUCUUCUAGCUCUAGUUUUUGUGCAGUCUGUGUUGUACAUAACUUGCUUGAUCAAAGAGCUGUAUGUAAUUAUUAAUUAAAGUCAAUAGUGGCAGGCCUAUUGUCUUUGUUGUACCUCCUGAA